AUGCCCCCUAGCACUGGAGAAGGUUGUCGACCUCCUGGGGAGCCCUCUGUCCAGUUUAACCGGUCUCUCGAGCCUCCCUCGUCCGUGGAGGACUACAGCCGGGUCAUGCUGGAAUACACCCAACGUCGGAUGGCAGGUUUUGUCGACCUGGACGACGACAAGGGAGGUCAUGCUACUCACAGCAGUCGCAGCAGCCAGACCAGCGGCAACAGCGGCACCUCAACCAGCGGCUUUAUGGCCCGCCAGGCUUCCGGUCCGACCAGUGCCGUUGGAGCCCAUGAUAUCUCGGAAGCUGGCAGACGCCAGUCCAGCACGAACUCGUCUCAGUCGUCCUUUUGA